AAGCGUUUUCCAACAAGAUUGUACUGCGUUAUCAGCCAGUAUUCGUAGAUAAGGGGCGCACUCAUAUUGCUCUUAUGUAUCGGCGCGAUCCUGCAGAACUGAUCAAGUUAUCCGAGCGAAGGAUCGAAUUCGCCUUGUCGCGUUUGCGGUUUUUUUACGCUUCGCCGUGUUCGCACAUAUCUCACGUUCGCGCGAGUUGCAGAUUCGACAAUUGCGGCCAUCAGUUGCUUAUCUCUUCGCGAGUCAUUCCCUCGCGGCGUCGCGAAAUUUUGAUGUUUAAAUUACGUCAGCGGUACAGUCGGAGGUGCUUCGCACGUGUCGACUAGUGCUCUUCGUUAUCGCCGAGAGAGUUGACAAGGAAGACCCUAAACUCUGUUUGCCGAAACACGAUAAGCGCUCUUCUGCAUUUCCCUCUUUGUUUAUUUCUCGCGCUGCGACAUCGCGCUGCGGAUGCUGCUGCGAGGAAUCGCGUUCGCGGAGGCGCGCCGCAAUUCGGCGCGGCGUGUCUUCAAGAACCGCGACAAUAAGACGCAGGGCAACGGGUGCGAGAGAGACGCCGCAUCGUCGGAUUUCUCCCACGAUGGAUCCCUGGCGCGACACGUGCGCACGACGAUGAUGACUUAUCAGCCCGCGGAGGAAUCCCUGUCUCCUGCUUUCCUAAUCCCUUUCGAAAGCGAGGCGAUAUCGCUUGUCGCCACAGCGUCCAAGCUGGCCACCGUGGAAGAUGUGGGUCCAAAGCGGCCCGAAGGCCCCAUCCGACCAUCCGCCGCCUCCCUAAAGGUCUCACCCACGGCAAGGGCGACUCUCCAAGCGUUAAGGUCGUCGAAGAGCAAGCUAGUUACUACUCCCGUUAGUACCCGCGACGCUGAGACCAUCACGGAUGUGUGCAGUGGCGAGGAGCUGCCAGAAGUCGAGAUAAUCAGCCUGCUGGAGGAGCAAAUACCGAGAUACCGUCUCCGAGCCGACACCUUAACGCAGUUCCAAGGAUACGAAAACGCCGAUUGGUUCAUUCCGGCGCCUGUUCUCAAGUCGGAGGACGUUGAUUUGAAAUUAUCGCCGGACCAGAUCCGGGAGACUCUUAACUACUUCAUCUUAUGUAGCAACCGGGUGAGCCAAAUGACCAAGACCUAUAAUGACAUAGAGGCAGUUACAAGGCUUCUGGAGGAGAAAGAAAAGGACUUGGAGCUGACAGCGCGCAUCGGCAAGGAAUUGUUAGCACACAAUCAGAAGCUCGAAACCACAGUAAAUGCCUUAGAAACUGAACUCAAAGAAGCGAACGAGAAGAUCACCCAGUUGAAUCAUGAGGUGCUGAAAAAGACCGAAUUGAUACAAAUACUGACAAAUGAUGUGGACGAAUCUAGCUCAGAGGCCGGGACUCCCACCGGCCUGCGCGGUAUUAAUCUGGAGCUGUUACAGAGAAAGGUUACUUCUUUGGAAGACGAGAAUAAGCAACUCCGCAGCGAGUUCGCAAAACUGAUGCACGAUGCCGAUAAUUCCGAAGAACAGGAGGCACGUCUUGUAAAAGAUAUCGCAGCACAAUUAGCAAACGCCAACAUGGAAGUGGACGGCAUAGCGGAGGAACUCGGUCGGCAGAAGGAUGAGAAUCGACUGCAACAUGAGCAGAUAAUUAGUUUAACUGCGAAAUUAGCUGAGACCGAGCUUAGGCUCGCUCAGCUUAUGGCAGAGCACGAUGAAGUGGGAGCGACUCUAGUCAUAACUAGGGAUAAUCAAAAUACACUUGCCGCUGAAUUAGCUGAAUUCAAAGAGCGAUAUGCGGAGGUAGUAAACUUACUAGCCGAAACACAAGAACAAUUACGGAAACAGAGGAAACGUGGAAUGCCAACUGUACGCGGUGGAUCAUUAUUCCCAUCGAUGGGUGCAGCGCCUCAACCGGAUUCUAUUGCUUCAGAAUUGGAAUCGUCCUUUUAUUCGGAAUUAAGUUUCGACUCUGGAAUCGGUACAACAGACAGAAUGCCAUCCUACAAGAAAGUGUUUGAGACUGUUCGCAGUUCAUCUCGAAUAUACGCGGGAAUGGAUCCAAACCAGUUCCCUAGGAUAAGUUCCAUGACGACGUCGACGUUAUCUAGCAAUUCUGUUGGCCCGCGGAUGAGUUGUGGACAAGUGCGACCGCAGACAUCUACAUUUCCCAGUUUAGAUUCGGGUCACAGCGAGAGUGAAGGAACCUUCCUCAACGAAUCGGAAGAUUAUCCAGGGCCGCAACGCACAGGAGUACCUGGUGCUCCUGGAGCUGCUGAUCUAGAAGCAGCUCUGCGCCGUUUAACGCCAACGGAAGUAUUAGCGAGGCGUGCGUGUCUUAGUAUAGGUGCCGGUUACAGUUACGAUUACGACGGUGGCAUUUUACAUUCCCCGCCAACCUUCUUGCCCUUCGAUUGUCGCACUCCAGAUAGUAUCAUGUCAACUGGCAGUAGUGGUAAUCUGAGUGGUUUUAGCGGCAAUAGCGGAAAUGCUUGGCGUAUCCCGCAGAAAUUACAGAUAGUUAAGCCAAUGGAAGGUUCCCAAACGUUGCAUCAUUGGUCGCGAUUGGCGACGCCAACCCUAGGUGGACUACUGGAAGACAGACCAGGCGUGAAGACCAGAGGUGGUCGUGCUCUCGAAGAUCUUGGCCUCAUAACAUUCGCGUUGAGUGAUUUGGAGGAAGAUGAGGAAUACACUAAUCCUGGCAAACCAUUCCAAGAUACCGGCUCCAUUUACACCUUUACCAAUAGCACUGUGAUGCAUCCAGAUGAUCAUACCACCAACAGUGUAACGCCGAGCAUCGUUAGCAGUCGUGUCGCCACAGCACCCAACAGCGGUAUGAACUCCGGUAUGAGUACUCCUCGCACACACAGCCGUCGCAAUUCAACAUCAACGUUCUCCACCACGCUUGGAUUGGCCAAGAUGUUAAAUGAGAGAGGGAUCAAAGCCGUUACGCCCUCGUGCAUAGGCACACCUACCGACGAACAAAAUUUCUCACCAACUGCCACACCGUGCAAUAGUCCAGACGCGAGUCUGUCACCUAGAUCAUCGUCGCCACCACCGGAAAGUGGCGCCUCACUUACAUUAGGAUUACUCAGUACCGGAGCGGAAUUGUUGAGGCGUACUUUCAGUUACGAACCGCCGCCAGUGUCGGUGCAGUCCAAAAAAAAGAGACCAAAGUCGACGAUUUCACGCUCCGACAAGAAAGCUCUUACAGGGAUACGUCUAGUGGAAAAAUUGGAGAGGAUUGGUAUUGAUACGAUCAUGGCUACCACAGUUAAUUCGUCGAUUUCGCCAUUAGCUCUACAGGGUGCUCUGUACACGCGUCGUUUGACUGGAAGUCCAAUGGCACAAUUAACUUUUCUCAAAACUUCGAUGUCCUCCAGUACCAGCCAAGAAAAAUUGAUAUCUCCCUCAUCUUCAACAUCCUCCACUAGUGACGAGUUAUUAUUAAGUAAAUCGUCAUCAUUGCCGGACAAACGGAAUGGUAGUAAAGAGCGCGAACUAAAUAAGUUCGAUUCUAACGCAUUUAGUUCGAAAACAGCGGGUCAGUCGCCAGAUCGACAACGACGAUCGGGUGCUAAAGCGACAAGGCCUGAUUUGGGACGAGUUAAGCCGCCAGUUUCAACGCCUGUUACUAAAGAAUCCAAACAGUCAGCAUUAGGAGCGAUAAGCUCGCUUCUUUUUGGUCGUAAAGGCGGGUUGUUGUGAAUACUUUAUAGUAUCUAGUAAUGCGAUAGAAGAUGGAUUAAUUAAUUCCACAGAAUUAUUUUUUAAUGUAUUUGCAUAAUGUAAUGCAGAGAAAGCUCAUUUUUUUAUUACCUGAAAAUUAUUCAUGCAUUAUUAUUUGAGUACACGAUAUGCUACUGACGUCAGUAUUAUUAAUCAUCUACACUUUAAUGCAAUCACUAAUUCGCAGUUUCCGAAUCCAAUAUGGUGAAUCGUUAUAAAGACAAAAGCUUUAAAUGGUAAAGGCAUUAAUAAAAUAUACGCAUCAGGAUGUUAAAUACUCUGUACAAUAAAUCGUAUUUUAAGUUUUUAUAUUAUUUUCAUCUUAAAGAUGAAUUAAAAGUGAGAUAAACAAAGCGGCGAAUACUUUGUACAGUGAGCAUGAAAUCAUUAUAUUUUAUCAUUAUAUAUUUUAAAUUCGAUUUUAAAAUUUAUAAUGAAUUAAAAACAGGAUAUGUACAAAAAGCUGGAUUUUUUGAUAGUUUGUGAUAUAUGAGGGAAAAUCUGUGAAUUAUUAGCUCAAAUAAAGACAAAAAUUUAUUUUAACUUAUGAUCGUAUUAAGAUCUUCGACUAUGUAUCUAUGGAUUGCUAAUUGUGGUAUAUUUGGGAAUGUAAACAUUGAAGUCAUAAUUAGUCAUAAUUAGACCUGUGUAUACAUAUUUCAUGAGAUUUCUUAAGUUAGAAUUGCAUAUAAAAAUUAAUAUAAAUGUCUAUCCUUGAUCUCUUAAUUAAUACAUUUGUUCUUUAUUUUUUCAAAGAUAAAAGAGAUCAACAUCUAAGUAUCUAAAUAUCUAAGUAUCGUUUUAUAAAAAAU